AUGAGUGUGGGCAGCCGGCAGGGGUUGGGGCCUGCCCUGGUGUGCCUCCUGGCGGUGUGGCUGGACGCCGUGCCGCGCCCCGCCGCCGCCGACAUCUCGCGCCCCGGCGGCGCCGGCCACGCGCUGCUCUUCCGCGACCAUGGCGUGCUGCUGGAGGGCUUCAGAGACUUGGGCUCCGAUGCCUUCACAUUCGAGGCCUGGCUGUCCACCACAGACUACUGCCACGCCUCGGCACUCUUCUCCUACGCACUCGACUCCACCUCAGACGACCCCCACCAGCGCACCUCAGACUUCAACCACUUUGUCAUCUUUGACCCCAGCCAGGUGGUGGCCUGCCACGACUUCGAGUACAUCGACCUGUGGCCCGACCCAACCGCCUCCUCCUGCACCGCCGCAUUCAACCACUCCGCCAAGCUGCCCAGCUUUGUGACCCGGGACGGGCGGUGGCACCACCUGGCAGUCACGUGGGAGGCGGCCAAGGAAGGGCUCACGCAGAUCUUCUGGGAUGGACUGCUGGUUGCCUCCGCGGUGACCCACAAGACGAGGCCGCUGCAGCCCGGCGGCGCGCUGAUGCUGGGCGCCGAGCAGGACUGCUACGGCGGCUGCACCGACAGGCAAGCCGGGCUGGCUGGGCUGGCUGGGCGGGAGGGAGUGGAAGAGGCUGGGAGUGGGCAAGGCGAGAGGGCUGCCGUGGCCCCGUGGAAGCCCUGCAGCCACUGGGAGCAGGGAGCGAGGCGGUCAGCAGCAGUGCGCGGCGUGUGCCCGUUCGUCUCCCGCUGCAGGGGCCAGGGCUACCACGGCCAGAUGGACGAGGUGCGCGUGUGGCGCACAGCCCGCACCCAGGCGGAGAUCCUGAGGCACAUGCGGGAUGCGUCUGGCUUGGACAACCACUCGGACCUGGCCGCCUACUGGAAGUUCAACGACCCGGAGCUGAACGGAAUCUACAGGGAGACGCUGGUGGCGCGCGACAGCAGCGGCCGCGGCAACGACAUCCACCUCAUCACGCUGCCCGCCGCCAGCAUGCAGACCAUCGAGCAGGGCGGCGGGCGUCUGGAGGCGGGGGCCCUCACCUUCCGCAACAACUAUGCCAUGGCGCAGGGCUUUGCCGGCAUGCUAGACAGGGACCUGAGCGUGGAGUUCUGGGCUCGCACCCCCGCCUACACCCCCCGCAAUUCCACCCCCGAGCGCAACGCCGAGUUCUUCUCCUUCUCUGCGUUCGGCCACGAGGAGGGCGAGUGCCUGCUGCCCUGGGGCUGCCCACGCUGUGGCUCGCUGUCCCCCACCGCCUUCCUGGACGAUGCCAUCCUGAUUGAAAAGUACAUGGACGAGUACAAGGGCUCCCACCACCUGGAUUUCGAGGACUUCUCCACCCGAGGCUCCAUCAGCGUCCACAUCAACGCCAACCGGGAGGGCAACGGCCAGCGGUUUGACCACUGGGUCGACUUUCUGACGGGCUGGGUAGACAGCGGCUGGCACCACGUGGCCGUCACCUGGGCCUGGGAGAGCGGUGAGGUGAAGCUCUACCUCGACGGCCAGCCACAGACGCCCUUCUGGGUGUCCAAGGCCGGCCAGGUCAAGGCUCCCAGCCGGGGCGGCGUGGACAGCCACAUCGCCGCCCGCACCAGCCGCUCCAGCAACGGCUCGCUGGUGCUGGGCCAGUCGCAGGACUGCUACGGCGGCUGCUUCAGCCCCGAGUCGGCGCUGCACGGCGACAUGGCCGGCCUGCGGGUGUGGAGCCGUGUGCUCAGCAAGGAGGACGUCGCCGCCGGCAUGUUUGCCAGGGACCCACCGAGCCAGGAGGGCCUGGUGGCCUCCUACAGCUUUGACCCCGCCAAGGGCAGGGUGGAUGGCAGCGGGCCCGCCGGCUCCGCCAACUCGCUGCUGCUGGGCGCAGACGCCCCGUCCUGGGUCUACUCCACCGCUCCGCUGGCCACGCCCGACGGCAAGCGCAUGAUGCCGCCCUGGCCCGGCAGCGCUGGGUACGCUAUGUUCCUCAGCGACCAGCAGGUGCUCAUCCUCAAAGACUUCAAGGACUUCCCCUCCACCGAGCUCACUUUGGAGUUCUGGAUGGCCAGCACAGACAGCUGCCGCAAGGGCGUGCCGUUCAGCUACGCCUCGCGCGGCAGCAGCUACGCCAAGGCUGACAACUCCUUCCUGCUCUUCAACUACAACUCCUGGGGGGUGUCUGUGAUGGAGGAUGAGGGGGGCCUGCAGGACCACCUGAGUGGGCUGGGCGCCACCGACGGCCGCUGGCACCACAUCGCCGUCACCUGGCGCUCCUCAGACGGCCAGGUCAAGCUGUACGACAACGGGCGGGAGGUGUGGUCUGUGGUGCGCGGCAGGGGCAAGACCAUCCCGCCUGGCGGCACGCUGGUGGUGGGGCGGGAGCAGGACUGCGAGGGCGGCUGCUUCGACUCGGAUGAAGGCGCCACCGGCAACAUCCAGGACGAUUGGGAGCUGGAGUAUGGCGCACAGGACUUCUUCGGCACGAUCGACGAGAUGAGGCUGUGGAAGACGGCCCGCAGCCAGCAGGAGAUCCAGGAUGGCAUGCGCUCCAACCUGUUCCGCAAGGGGAUGACGGGGGAGCGCUUCGACUCGCCUGCCGUGGACCCCCACCACCCCGACCUGGUGGCCUACUGGAACUUUGACGAGGGGCAGGGCUGGACUGUGCACGACGCCACCGGCCACGGCCACGACCUCACCGCAGCGGAGGACCCUCGAUGGGAGGUGGUGCGCUGGCUGUCCGUGUGCGGCAACGGCCUGCUGGAGGGGCUCGAGGAGUGCGACAAUGGCGACCUGGUUGGGCUGGGCGGCUGCUCGGAAGUGGAGCCGGGGUGGCAGUGCACCAAGACCAGCCCCUCGGUGUGCACCCAAGGCGGCGGCGGCGGUCAGCCUGCUGACCCCCACUCCCAGCCAGAUGCCCCCGGCGGCGGCGACGUGCCCCCCGCGCCGCCCGGCCCUCCGCCGCCACCUGCCAGCGGCAGCAAGCACAGCUCGGGCCACGGUUGGGCGACCACCAUUGUCGUGCUGGCGGUGGUGGCAGCGGUGGUGGCAGCACUGGUGGCCUCCCGGGAGCGCAUUUAUGACCACUUCCCAGAGGUGAGCAGGGCUGCCAGGGAUGGAGCAGGAGGUGGAGGUGUGGGGAGGCCGGACAGGGACUGUGCCGCCCCUAUAUUGCAGCGCCCACGGUACCCGCCCCCACGGUUUCACAAAGUACGACUUUGCAGGCUGGGCCGCAUGAAGGGGCUGCGCCUGGGCAGCCUGCACAUUGCCCACACCGGCGGCGGCGCGCAGCUGACGGUGGCCGAGGCACGCGGCACCAGCCUGGCUGCCGCCAUGGGGCCCCCCACCUGGCCGCGGGACCGCGUCACCGUGCCCGACCCGGCCCUCCCCUUCUACAUCGACCAGCUGGACCCCACCAGGCGGGCACUGCUGGCGGGCAGGGAGCCGCUGAUGCGGGUGCGCCUCACGCGGCUGACGGAUGGCGACGUGCUGGCCGUGUCGCUGUGCCAUCAAGCCGCAGACGGGGUGCGCUGGCCGGCGCUGAUGGCGCACCUGGCGGCACGCUACCGGCAGGCCGCCUUCGGCGAGGCGCCCGAUCCCUCCCACCUGCUGCGCCCCACCGACCGCCGCCUGCUGUCGUCGGAGCACAUGGCGGGGCAGCUUCUGGGCGGGGCCGCCGCAAGCAAGGCCGCGCCGCCGCCGCCGUCGCCGUUCAGGGUGCGCGCCUCCUUCGUCGGCUACCUGCGCCUGGCCAGCCUGGCGCUGGCGCCGUCCCGCCACGCCAUGGCGCUCAUCAUGCUGCACAUCCCUCGAGACCAGGUGGCAGAGCUGAAGCGGCUGGCGGCAGCGGGCAACCAGGCAGACCCUCCAAUCACCACCGGCGACGCUGUGCAGGCGGCCUGCGCGCUGCUGCUGCACGCCGCGCGCGGGCGGCCCGCGCUGCCGGUGGCGCCACGGAUUAUGAUGGUUAUGGUCCAGAUGCCCACCCCGCCUGGCUACUUCGGCAACGCUGUGCGCAUGCUGGAGGUCAGCCUGCCCGCCAAUACGCAGCAGCCCGCGGACGGCGACUGGGUGGCGGCGCUGGCGCGGCUGGCGGGCGCCAUCCGGCGGGCCACGGCCGCGUUCCGGAGCGAGCCGGAGCGUGUGCUGGCGGCGCUGCGGGAGACGGAGGCGUUGUGUGCGGCGCCCGUGCCGCGCAUGCUGUCGUUUGUGUACGGCCGGCUGCUGCCCAGCAUCACCAGCGCCGUCAAUUACAUGCCCUUCAGCCAGGCAAGGCUGGCGUGGUACUGCUUUAGGACUGCAGUAUUACUGGAGCCUGCGGACUUGGACCUGGGCCUGGGCCAGCCCUCCACCCACAGCCAGCAGCUGUCGCUGCCCCGGGCCCGAGACAUGGCCAUCGUGCGCCCCGCCGUGGCCCCCUACGGCGAGGGCCUGUUUGCCCAGAUGGCGCUGGCGCCCGGGGACGCGGCCAGGCUGCGGGCGCACCCGCUGCUGGGCCAGCUGGUGUGCGGCGGGGUUGGGCCGGCCACCCCAAAUCGCUCCCCCCUCGUGCGAGGCGGCGAAUUGGCCGCAUCCUACAAAAUGGGCUCGCAGGGUCAACGGGGGCCGGAGCAGCCCUGGGGCCCGAUCACCGAGGCAACUUCAACAACAACCGCCUCCCUCGCACCGCCGCAAGCCGCAUUCCUCUCAGCUAACACCUUCGUACAAGCGCGCAACAGGGGUUGGGCAGAUAGGGACCGCUUGGCUGUUCGUGCUGUCCUGCUCUGGACGGUGUCAGGGUCAGUCAGGUGCUGGCGCUUCAUGCCGCCAGCCACCCUCGUCUGGAGCGUGCUCUAUUGCCUCGCCUGCAUAGCCCACGGCUACUGGCAGCGCCGCCACCCGGCCAGCUUCCUGCGGUGGCGAGAGGCCAGUGCGGCAGUGUUACGCAUGGCAGGCAUGGCCUUUGGAGGGCUGUCGGUAGUAUGCGAGCUUGUGCUUGUGUGGGCUUAA